CGAAGGAAUAUUGCAUCAAAAGUCUGCUGUUCUGGGAUCGGCCUCUCAGUCGCAACAAUGUCACCUGUGAGUGCGCUCGGUGUCCUGGCUUUCAUCCAGCUGUGCUUCCUCCCGGCACUGGCACAGACAUCUACGGAGAAAAACGAUGUCAAGACCGAAAACACCGACGCGUUCGAGAUUCUUGCUGCCAUUCCGUACGCCGAGGCUAUCAAAGACACGAAUACGAACCCCUUGUUCAAGUGCCUGACAGGGAGACGGAUCGUGUACGACCCCAUCAGUCCGUCAGCCACGUACGAGUGGUCACUGAACGCAGGUGACGGACAACCAAGGAAGCACGCUACGUUCCACUUCACACCAGGUGAUGCCCUGGACACUGCCACUGUCGUGAUCAACUCAGAUACCAGCACUACACAGACUGUACGAUACCCUUACACCGACUACAGGGCGUGUGGAAUCAUGGAAGUUGACUUUGAAGGACACCAUUGCACCCUAUGGGUAAAAAAUGCAACGGCUUCGGUUCCUGAAGAAUGUCACCGACAGUUCGCCAAGGUCUGCGGAGAAGGCGUGUCACUUUAUGACAAAGAUACUUGCAGCAAAAUCACUGGAUAGGUACAUUACAACGUCAGCAUUGUAAUAAGAGUGGCAAUUAUGCGGUUCUCAAGUUAUGGUGCUACUAAACUAUUACGUACCGAACAAAAUAAAAAAUAACUCUCAAAAUCCUUCAUGAACGCUCUUCAUACCU